AUGUUGGGAAAGAACCCGCUCAACCUGUCCUACGUCGUGGGCUUCACAGCCAACUAUCCCCGCCGCAUCCACCACCGGGGGGCGUCAGUGGUCUCGUUCAACGUCGACCCGCGCCCCAUCGCCUGCGGUGCCUCCUUCUCCUACCUCUAUGUGGAUGCUCCCAACCCCAACGUGCACAUUGGUGCUGUCGUCGGCGGUCCCAAGGGCGACGGGGUGAGUGUUUUUCUGUUUGCAGUGGGUGGGUCUUUGCACGCACGGGAAUCCAAGUGGCCUCCUUCUACCUCUACGUCGAUGCGCCAAACCCCAAUGUGCACAUCGGGGCUGUCGUCGGCGGCCCCAAGGGCGAUGGGGUGA